UCCCCAAAAUCUAAAAUACUGAAUAGAAGGCGUAAACAAAUCAAGGUUUUGUUUACCUUAAAGGUGUACCUUUUUUUUUUUUUUGACUUAGGUUAUCAGCAAUGAACUAAUUUAGGAAUUCGGACCUCAGAGAGAUGCUUACAGCAUAGGCUUGUCUCUCGCCCAUGGACCGCGGCCAGCCCUCCCACCCUUGGUGCUCUAAGUAGAGAAGGACGAGUAGAGCCGCCCUCCCUGGCCUUCUGCUGCAGCCUCUCCAUAGAUAAGAACUCCGUCUGUCAUCUCUCAGGACACACUGAGUCUCAUAGCUUGGUCCCUGUCCUCCAAGAUGGUCAGUGCCACCUAGCAACACAUGUGCUCGGGCAGCAUGGGCGACAUCAAGAGUAACCGGGAACUCUACAUCCAGUACCGGGCCACAGCUCCUGAGCUGCUGGCUCACAUCUCUAAGCUCCUCACCCUCUGCCGCCACUCAGGCGUUGCUAUGCCCAAAGGCAUUAUAAACAUCUUCGAGUUUACAUGGGCAGAGCUCAUUGCUGAUGCCGUGGUACCCACUGGGUCCAGCAUCCCAGGCCCAGAGGUCAGCUUCGGAGCCCCACUGGUGGUACAAGCGGAGUCCACCACAGUGCUGACCCAAACAAAGCUGCCUCAGCCUACAAAACUAGCGCCUACAGGGCCCACCAUCACCAGGGCAGCCCGGAACUCAGUGACACCUGCCCGCCAGGCACCUGCAGGGCAGGAGGUGCUGCACAGGUUCCAGCAGCAGUCGGUGCGCCUGCUGACUGAGCUGCUUCGCCUGAAGGAGGCUGCAUCCGAGCUCCCCAUAAACAUCUCAGUCACAGGUUUGAACUCGCCCUAUCAGCUGAUCUACCGGUCUUCUACAAACUGCCUGAGCUUCUCCCUAUCCACAGGGAAGGAAACCAAGAAGAAAGCAGGUAGAUCAAAGAUGCUGGAAGACGCAUACAGCACAUCCCCCUACCUGCGCACAGUGGGCACCUCUCCUGACAACACCAUGGAGUUCAGCGAUCCCUGCCCCAAGGCCCACGAGAAACUGCAGGAGAUGUGUCACCACAUAGAGGCUGAGAAGGCCCUGUGGAAAAGGCGAAACAUCUUCUAUCCCACGUUCUUUUGCAACUACAAGGCAAAGACGCCCUCUCAGCCAGUGUCGGCUGCCAGAGGGGACUUGCAGGGCUCAGGUGCCCAUGCUGUUGCCCACGCCAUGGCACUGACAUCUGCAUUCUGCUCUCACCAGCCUUCUGUCCAGCGGAGCCAGCAUGCACAGGACUGGAAGGCAGCAAAGAAGGCCUCCAAGCUGCACUAUGCCUUCCACUACGGCUCUUCCUCUGUGUAAUAUCCUUUCUCAGUGCCACCUUCAUGCCCAGGAACUCCUGGCUCCUUGGCUGUUAGAGAGGUCUUCAGGGACCUCAGUGAGGGGUUGUGCAUCCUGGGCACAAGAGCGGCAGAUGAAGCCCUAAAUUCAAUUCAGGAAUUUGAUGGCAGUGCCUCCAGUGAGAGCAUGAAGCAGAGAAAAGGCAGGUGCAGCCUCAUGGAGUUCAAGAGUCACCUGUCGUGGGAGGAGAAGUACCAAGGAGGACUGUCCCAGCCACUUCCAUGCAGGUCAGGCCCCAAGGUAGUCCAGAGAGUCAGCAGAGUUGAGAAAGUGACCAAGAUGAGCCUUGCCCUGGCCCAGAUCAAGAAGCGGUUCCAGAAGGCCAUGACUCAGUUUGUGAAUUCUGUGCUACGGGCAGCAUGUAAGACCCAGAGGCUGGAGACCUAG